AUAAAUUAUUUUUGUUGCAGCAUCGUCCCUGGGAGCCGCUAUUACUAUGCCGAUCUGCGGUUUUCUCAUCGCACACUUUGGCUGGGAAUCUGCCUUCUACUUCACUGGAAUAAUCGGCUUGAUGUGGUCUGUGGCCUGGUUCGCGGUGGUCUACGACACUCCCGCGCAACACCCUCGCAUCUCGGAGGCUGAGAGGAACUUCCUUAUGAAGGCGCUGCCACAGGACAACAACACUAAAGGGCACAUGCCAGUCCCCUGGAAGAGUCUGAUACUGUCAGCGCCGGUAUGGGCCAUCAUAAUCACCCAUGGCGCCUCGGUGUUCGGAUACUUCACCGUGGUCAACCAGCUGCCCACCUACAUCGAGAGCAUCCUGCAUUUCAACAUCAAGCACAACGGUCUGCUAUCCUCGCUGCCUUACCUGGGCAAGUACCUGUGCGCGCUGGCUUCCUCCGUGCUCGCCGACCACCUACGCCGCAGCGGGCGGCUGUCCACCACUGCUGCGAGAAAACUCUUCACUGGCUUCGCUGUCGGACUGCCGGGCGUGAUGAUGCUAGCUCUGGUAGCUUACGGGCAGGAGCGCGUGUGGUCCAUCGCCAUCUUCACGGCGGCGCUUACCAUUAACGGCGCUGUUACGGCUGGCUACCUCGGCAACGGGCUUGAUAUUGCUCCUAACUUCAGCGGCACAAUCUUCGGUAUGGCCAACACGCUGUCGUCGUUUGGCGGCUGGCUGUCCACCUACAUGGUCGGUGAACUUACCAAAGAAAAUAACACCCUCGAGCAAUGGAAGAUAGUUUUCUACAUCCUCUCGGGUACCUACGUGCUUGGAGCGCUAUGCUUCACGUGCCUGGGCUCCGGCGAGCUGCAGCCGUGGAACUCGCCGCAGAAGCCGAUCUCCAGGGAAGACGAGCCUCUGAACGAGGAAAAGGCGUGAAGAGGAAACGGUAGGGGAUGUAACACCAUACAGAUACGGAGGACCCAUCGUUCGUUCGUUCGUUUCAGCCGAAAGACGUCCACUGCUGGACAAAGGCCUCCCCCAAGGAUUUCCACAAAGACCGGUCCUGCGCCCUCGCAUCCAGGCACCUCCCGCGACCUUCACCAGAUCGUCUGUCCACCUAGUGGGAGGCCUGCCCACGCUACGUCUUCCGGCUCGUAGUCGCCACUCAAGAACUUUCCUGCCCCAGCGGCCAUCAGCUCUUCGAGCUAUGUGCUCCGCCCAUUGCCACUUGAUUUUAGCGAUUAUGCGGGCGCAUACCAUACGGAGGACCCAUACUACGGAUUACAAGUCACUCAUAAUACUUUUUACAUAAUGGAUUUAUUUAUUUACAUCUCGAUAUCUUUACAGGAUGUUUUAACCAACGUUCAGUCUUUCACUAUGGGAUCUCUGAAAUCACAAGAAAAAAUCGACUGUAUAAUACAAAAUUUAUUUUUUGACCCCUAUGUAAAUAAUAUUCCUGUUAUGUGUUACCAUAUGGGUCACUUUAAAAUUAGGGAUUGAUGGAGAAAACGGGCAUUAGUUACUUAGAGUCGGUCCCAUAUUGAAGUUGUUUAUGUUCAUGAGUAAAACAUCCUGUAAAAAUAUUGAAACGGUAAAAAAACAUUCAGCUUUUAAUAUUUAUUAAUUCAUAUCCUUUCAGUUCAGUUUCAUGAAUAUCUAUUGGACAUAAUGUUUUUUUUAUACAAAUUACGUAUUACCGAGUUUAAUGACAUUAUUGUGGUUUGAACCAAUUUUUAAUAAAUAUGAGUAAUAUAGAAUGUUUCCUUACCUAUCUGUAAAUGGUGUUACAAACCCAUCUGUUUAGAUAUCUCAAAGCCCGAAGAAACUACAGCUAAUGUCUAAAUGGAUAAAUAAUAGUGUUUAAGUUUCCCCUGGAUCGGUGAAAAAGACUGGGUGAAAGAGAUUUGCCAGCCGUGUCAUAAUAAAUAAGUAAAUGAAUAUUUUUAUUACUUUAAUUAGGUUUACUUUGUAAACUAAUACUUUUAUAACGGUUGCUGUUCUACUACCUAAGAAUACUUGAUUAAAACUUAUAUUUUUUAUUUAUGAAUUCUGCUACCACUGUUUAUUUCAAAAAUUUUAAAAAUACCUAUGGCAAGGCUGAGAAAUCUCGAAACUACAUAUUGGUUUUGUAACAGUACUUAUACGAGUAUUGCUACAAAACUAAGGCAGUGUUGACUGGGGUUUUGUUAGUUAGCAACAAUACCCCAGUUAUAUCUGUACCUAAUGUUAUUAUUGCGACAAAAAUACCAAUUUUAAUUUGUAUUUCCUCUUCGGUGUAUUUGUCACAGCAAUAGCAUAGAAAAAGUAAAAAAAAAAAAACAAAAAAAGGCUGUUAACGUAUAAAUUGUGAUGUAUUUAUAUAACGUGCCGGCUUGCGCAAUGGACACUCGAUAACGCGCCGAUUUGUAUAGCUCUACCCACGCGCGUAACGUCGAAAUCUAUGGCAUAAUUGUACCAAACCAUUUGUGUCAAAUUGCAUACUUGUACGCGUUUUGUAUACAAUUUCCUUAACUAGUAAAACAUGUAAAAGUAUUUGUACAAAAAACAUUUUGCUGAGUUACUAAGUUAAAAAUUUACAUUUGUAACUCCAAAACCAUCGAUUUCAGAUGAAUUAUUACAUAACUUCAUUAAGAAAAUCCAUCAAGCGUGUGUAGCUACGCUAUAGAAAUCGGCACUUCGAUUUGUAACGGUGAUUCUGUGAAACCCGACUCAUCGUUUUGAAUAUUAGAGUUAAGUUUCAAGAAAUCGUAUUGUGUAAUGUUGUUGACCCUAUACGCUUUGGGUUUUUGGCGCGUGGAUAUGUCGACAAGUUCAAUAAAGUGCGUAAACACAAUCUCAAACAGUAUUGAAAUAGGUAUUUAUAAUUCGAAUAGAUACAAUUGCAUUCUCUCAUAACAUUCGAUCACCGAUCACACACUUUAUUGAACCAGUAUUUCGUAUCCAUGUGCUAUGUUUUGUUGCAAUGCGAGCUCGUUGUAAUACGCUUUCAACCGACGAUGUUAAAUGAUGCCUAAAGUCGGUGUAAGUAUUUUUAAUUAACUUUUGAGAAACUAGUUCGUGACAAAAGUCGAUUAAAAAUACUUGCCUAUCAUGCGCUUUACGCAUAAAUAAAUGAUUUAUGUUAAUGUAGUCGGUUUGUAGGACGCCGCGACUUGCUCGGAGCAUGAACUGAUAGGUAGUAGGUAGCGCGAAUUAAAGGGACCAAACUAAGGGCAACAAACAACGCUUAUUUAUAGUAGGGAAUAUACUUCCCACUGCAACAGCAGAACCGUAGCAAACAUAUUUUUCUACUAUAAAACUAGCGAACAACUACAUAAGAUUUCUUGUUUUAUCUACAAUUAAGUAUUUUAACUAAGUAUCAAUUUAUUUAUUUUUCUACUAUAUCGAAAGUUUAGGAAAAUUCUGAGCCAUUCUAGUUUACCAGUGGACGGUCGGAACGUGUCCAUAGACAAGUCUCGAUUCUUUUACCGUAAGACAUAGAUAUUAAGAUUAAGCCAUGUUCGCACCUAGCUUUAUUACAAGGGACAAUGCAUUGUUAUAUUGUGCAUUUCGACAGCUGUGAUAAAGAGAUUUGUCUAUGGCCUGCACAUAUAGUGUUGUUAAUGUUUAGAGCUCGCAUAUUUUAGAUCCCUCGCGUUUUUGGAAAAUGAAUCUAUACGGCUAUUAGUAGUUCCUAAAUUACGAUCAGUAUUUAGAAAGGUUUCGUUUCGCUCCGUUCCCCGGGCGGGCCUCUUCCAACGGUUGCAGGGUAUACGUCCAAUGAGUACAUUAUGCAAGCAUAACUAAGCUCGCGCGUCUGUGGGAACGAUUAAUUCUUAUAAAUAUUAGGUAUUAUUCAUUAUUUAUAUUAAUAUUUAAUUAAGGAAACGUGUCAAGUAUUUGUACUACUUUUCAUGUAACUACUUUCGAAAUUGUAUUUUUAUCGUAUUAAAAACACUUUUGAGGUAGUUUCUUUAGUUAGGAAAUGACACAUCACUCAAAUUACGGUCGUUAAUGAACAAAUAAUUUGAUUAAUUUAAUUUAUAUCUGACAUAUCCGAGUUAUUUAAUUUAUUAUAAUGCCAUGUUAAUUUAAAAAUAUUUUAAGUAUUUCAUGUUUUACUUCGUCUCAGUACUAGUGCAUAAAGUCGAUAAUCUUAUUAUAUGUAAUAAUAUUCUUGUGGAAAACUAUGAUAGUGUUUAUCGCCAAUGAGAUCUUUUGUAAUAGUUUACCGUGUUAAUUGCAUUAUCAUUAACUAAUUUUAUGUAUUUGCAUUAUUUAUAGGCAAUAGUCAACGUCAGGUUUACUUCACGCAAGUAAAUGCUGACAAUUUUAAUUACUACAUUGUGUUACUUAAUAAAUGCGUAACAUACUUUUUAAUCAAAAUACCCGUCGUACUGAAAUACCCGUCGUACUGAGUUAAUUACUUUUCAUCACAAAGUAACGUAAGACACUCGACCUUUAGAAUCUAACACCUCACUUCUCAAAAUUAUCAUUAAAGGUUUUCGUAUAGAUAGAGGUAGGUACUUACCUACUGGAAAGUAAAGUAGAGAAUGAAAUAAGUAUAAUGUAAUGAAAUCGUUCUUGCUGACUGCCAUCGCUGUUUUCGUUGCGCUAUCGAUACAGUUUAGAUAAUCAAAUCAUGGCCCAUUAAAUGAUACCCAUGUGUUUAUCGAUAUAGUAGAACACCUCUAAAA